CGAUGCCAUGUCCAAGUCAAACUCUGUGACUCCACAUUUAAACAUCAUUCCAAUUCCUUCUAUACAUUUUCAUAAUUCCCAUAUUGUUGUUUAUUUUUUAAAAAACUUUAAGUUUUAUGAUAAAUAAUAGAAAAUCUAAUUGUUCACUUUCCUUUAAAUUUGAAAAAGUUUCGUAGUGUCAGAAAUAGUUAAAUGGCGAUAGAGGCUAUUAUGAAAAAAAAUCAGACUGAAGAUUCAGUGCUGAAUAAUGACAAUGAAUGGAAUGAUGAUGCCGAGCCAAACUUUAGUGAUCCUGAAGAUUUUGUUGAUGAUAUCGCUGACGAAGAUUUAUUGCCGGAUAUUUUGGAGCAGAAACCUUUGGAAACUGAUGGGAUUGAAUCAGUUAUUAUUGUCGAUGGAAUACCUCAAGUUGAAGCCGACCGUUUUGAAAAACUUAAUAACCUAAUUAACAAGCUGUUCGGUAAAGUCGGCCCUAUUGUUAACAAAUAUUACCCUAAAACUGAAGCUGGAGUAACUAAAGGGUUCAUUUUCUUGGAGUACAAUAAUAAAUUAAGCGCAGCAGCAGCAAUAAAAGCUUUGAAUAACUACAAACUUGAUAAACAGCAUACUUUUAAAGUUAAUUUAUUUACGGACUUCAAGAAGUUUGAAAAUAUACCGAAAGAUUGGGAACCACCAAAACCCCAACCUUACAGUGCAGUUCAAGAUCUGCAUUAUAAUUUAUUAGAACCUGAUGCGUAUGAUCAGUUCGCAGUUCUUUCAGGAAACGGUGCUGCAGUGUCAGUACAAGUUUGGUUGAACUCAGCGCCAGAACCAACUCUUGUCGAAGAACGUCGACGAUGGACCGAGACGUAUUUCAAGUGGUCACCAUUGGGAACUUACAUGGCGACAUUCCACGAACGUGGAGUCGUUCUCUGGGGUGGUUCGAAAUUCAAGCAAGUAGCGCGAUUUAGUCAGUUUGGAGUUGAAUGUAUUGAUUUCUCUCCACGCGAGCGAUACUUAGUUACUUUUACUCCGCGAAUGGAUGGUGGUCCUGAUCAAAAACGUCUUGUUAUCUGGGAUAUUCUUACGGGAAAUGAAAAACGUUCAUUCUUCCCCGAUGGAUUAUCCGUUUGGCCGAUCUUCCGCUGGUCUCACGACGACAAGUAUUUGGCUUGUAUGGGUGAAGACAUUUUGAGUGUUUACGAGACUCCGUCGUUUGGUCUUUUGGAUAAAAAAAGUAUUAAAACUGUAGGAAUACGUGACUUCAGUUGGUCACCAACUGAUAAUGUUGUUGCUUACUGGGUACCUGAAGACAAAGAUGUUCCUGCUCGUGUAACACUUUUAGAAAUACCCAGUCGUAAUGAAAUAAGAAAUAAAAAUCUAUUCAAUGUUGCCGACUGCAAGAUCUUUUGGCAAAAAUCUGGUGAUUAUUUGUGUGUCAAGGUUGAUCGAUUUUCGAAGAAAAAAGAAAAAACUGAACAAAAGUACACGGGAAUGUCUUACAAUUUUGAAAUAUUCCACAUGCGUGAGAAACAAAUUCCAGUGGAUAGUGUUGAGAUGAAAGAACCUAUUCAUGCUUUUGCUUGGGAACCAGUUGGUAAUAAGUUUUCAAUAAUUCAUGGCGAGGUACCGAAUGUGAGUGUGAGUUUCUAUGAAGUUAGAUGUGGACAUCAACCAGCAUUGCUAAAAAAAUUAGAGAAGAGAGCGUGCAAUCACUUAUUCUGGUCACCUGCUGGACAAUUUGUCGUCUUGGCUGGAAUGACAACGAUGGCCGGUGCAUUGGAAUUUGUUGAUACCAAUGAUUUUACAAUUAUGAAUACUACUGAUCAUUAUCAAGUAUCUGAUAUCGAGUGGGAUCCAACUGGUAGAUACGUUGUCACGGCUGUGUCUAAUUGGAAAACAAGUGUAGAUAAUGCCUACUGGAUUUGGACAUUCCAAGGUCGUAUUUUGAAGCGUGUCAACCUUAAUGCCUUCAAUCAAUUACUUUGGCGACCUCGUCCUCCUACUCUAUUGACUGCUGAACAGAUAAAGGACAUUAAAAAGUCUCUUAAAAAAUACUCAUCUCAAUUCGAGAGCAAGGAUAAGAUGCGUAUGACACGGGCUUCCAAGGAAGUACUCGAAAAACGUCGUGCUAUGAUGGAGGCAUUCAAUGAGUACCGAGAAAAGCGUAGUGAAGAAUGGAAAAACCAGAAGAAACGUCGUAUGGAUCUCCGUUGUCACAUUGAUACUGACAAUCUUGAUUCAGAUACUAAAAAUGUUGAAGAAGAAGUUGUUGAAUUCUUUGUUAAAGAGGAAGUUAUUCUACUGGAUUAGUAAUAAAUAUCCUAGCGGGUUGACUUUUUAACAAAAUAUAAAUAAUAACACUUGCGAUUUAUUUUUACUGAUUAUUAUUUCAAAAUACAAUUUACAUUAUUUUUUUUUCGAGGAUAUUUUGUUUAAAAAUAACACGUGGCGUCGUGCUAAUAUAGUGUAAGCUGCGAUUGUAAUUUAAAUAAUUAAAAUAAUCUGUUGAAUCAAAAAAUUUUGUAAUAUUUCUAAUAAAAUAAUUAAAACUUUAA